AUGACGGCCAUUCUACAAAGAAUGGCACAUCUACCAAGCACCAGCUCUGCGAGUCUUCCGGACACGGAGGAAUCCUCUUCACGUGUCACUACGCAGGAGGAAAUCGCACCGCCAAUGGGUGAGCAGGACUUUGCUUUAAAAUCGGAGGUUAUCCAGCAGAGUAAUUCGGCAGUUGAGACGCAGGAGAUUCCAUCCACCUCUCAGGGCUCUCGCGCUGUGUCCUUUACUACACCCGUAGGACCAGACGUGAUGGAGACUUCGGAUUGCGAACCUGAGAACUUGGUCCCUGAUUUCAAAGUGGACCUACUAGGAGAUGAUAAUACUGAUAAGACAAUGGGUGCUCCAGUACAUAAUCUAAUUGAUGAAAAAUGGUCGCCCAUAUUUUCCAACGGCCUAUCCAAGGAAUCAAGAGAAGCAUUAUUAAAGAAAUACCCGGUUCCGCAGAAUUUACAUACGGCAAAGGCUCCAACACUAAAUACUGAGAUUCGCCACAGUAAGCUGUACGAAUUUGUAGCAUUGCCAUUUGGGUUGUCAACAGCACCCUAUAUAUUUACCAAAAUUCUUAAGCCAGUGGCGGCCUUUUUGAGAGGGAAGGGAUUCCUAUCCAUAAUAUAUCUAGACGAUUUUUUGUUAUUAGGCGACUCAGUAGGUGAAUGUGUCUCCAAUGUAAGAGUAACUCUUCGGUUGCUGAAAAGUCUGGGAUUUAUAGUUAAUCAUGACAAGUCUGAUUUAGCUCCUAGUCAAUUUAAGAAAUUCUUAGGAUUUAUAUUCAAUUCUAGAGAAAUGUCUAUUGAGUUACCAGAAGAUAAGAGAUUGGCAAACCUGCAGCGUAUAAAAAAGUUCUCCAAAAUGAAAUCUUGCAAAAUUAGACAAUUUGCAAGCUUGAUUGGCUCUCUGAUCUCGAUCUGUCGGGCGACUCCCUAUGGUUUCUUAUAUACUAGAGACUUUGAGAGAGAAAAAUUUUGGGCGUGCAGGGAAUAUGACAACGAUUUCGACAAAACUAUGCGCUUGCCAUCGUCUCUUCAGCCAGAUUUUAAAUGGUGGAGUAACACGUUGCGUUGCUCACCUAUUUCCAGUCCACUAAAUAGUCCUGAAUUUAGUUUUGUAAUUUAUACGGAUGCUUCCCUCACAGGUUGGGGUGCAUCCAUGGAAAAUCAGUCAACGCAUGGCUGGUGGUCAGACGAAGAGAAAGCGGAGCAUAUAAACUUUUUAGAAUUAAAAGCGGUAGAAUACGCACUAAAGUGCUUUGUGAGUAGCGAGUCUUCUAAACAUAUUUUGUUACGUGUUGAUAACACUACGGCAAUUGCAUAUAUAAACAAGAUGGGCUCGAUACAAUUCCCGAAACUAGCUGCUCUAGCUAAAGUUAUUUGGCAAUGGUGCGAGGUUAGAAAUUUACACCUUUUGGCGUCGUACAUUUCAUCUGAGGAUAAUUAUAUUGCUGACGCCGAAUCCAGAGUUAUCUCAACGGAGACAGAGUGGGAACUAAACGCUUCGGCGUUUGAGGAAAUUUCGGACCAAUUUGGCCCAUUUGAUAUCGAUCUUUUUGCGACCUAUGCUAAUUCUAAAUGCGAUAGUUUUUGUUCGUGGUUCCCCGAUCCCCUCUCAGUUGCAGUGGAUGCCUUUACAGUAGACUGGAGUCGGGUUUACUUCUAUGCUUUUCCCCCAUUUGCUAUUAUCACAAAAACUUUAAGAAAGAUUAUAAAGGAUAAGGCAGAAGGGGAAACAACAUCCGGUUUGGUCCAACAUUUCCCUGGCAGCAGGGAAAUUAUCAGCGAAGCAUUUCGUCGGAAAGGAUUUCCUGAACGAUCCUUAGAGGUAGUCCUAGCAUCCUUGGCUAAGGGAACCAUAGCCCAAUAUUCAAAACCUAUCAGGCUUUGGUGGGAAUUCUGCAUAAAGCGUUCACUAGAUUGGUUCCACCCUGACGUAACGCUCGUAUUGGAAUUCCUGACGGAUCAGAUGGAAACUAUCACCUCAUAUGGAACAUUAAACACAUAUCGGUCGGCACUUGCCUUGAUAUCAGACAUAAGUUUGGGCUCGGAUGAGAGAAUUAAGCGUUUUUGCAGGGGAGUGUCGGUUCUUAAGCCCGCUAGACCAAAGUAUGCACUCACAUGGGAUCCAUCUCCAGUGGUGACUUACUUGGCUUCGUUAUGGCCUUACGAGGACCUAGAUAUUAGUAUUGUUACAAGGAAGGUAGCUACUUUAUUAGUAUUAGCAUCCGCUCAGAGAGUACAAACAAUUUCACUUAUAAAACGCGCUAAUAUCCACUUUGGAGAUCCAACUAUCGUUAAAAUUCCGGAUCGGGUUAAGACUUCCGGAAUCAAUCGUAACCAGCCUUAUAUGUCUUUCCCGAGGUUUAAGGACCAUCCUUCGUUAUGUAUAGUGACUAUACUUCAUUAUUACAUGGAUAAGACUAAGCAUGUAUUACCAGGCUCUUCGGAUGCACUUUUAUUAACUUAUGGUAAACGAAUCCGUGCUGCUUCGUCACAAACGAUCAGUAGAUGGGUCAAACAAAUUUUAUUUGAAGGCGGAAUUGAUACAUCAGUUUUUUCAACACAUUCGACGCGUCACGCCGCUUCCUCGUCAGCGGCACGUCUUGGCAUUAAUAUUGACGAGAUUCGUCGCUCAGCGGGUUGGUCGCAUAAUUCGACUACCUUCGCUAAGUUUUAUAAUCGCCCGUUAGUACCAACGGGAGAUAUAGCGACAGCAGUUAUCCUUAAUAAGUCUUUAUAA